AUACGGUUCCCAGUUGAGGGUGGAGGAAACGGGUGAGGGCGGUUUCGUCCGUCGCGAAGAGAAAUGAGCGAUCUACAGGCCACUCUCGAGUUUUCUCUCGAGCUUUGCAAGUUCUACAAUGUCGAUCUCUUUCAGCGCGGAUACUAUCAAAUCAGAACUGCUCUCAGAGUUUCUCCCAAACUACCCGUCAAGGUCGAAGUUAAUCAAAUGCGUAAUCACUCGCUGGAAGCUCCAGGUACGAGCAAGCGUUUUCAGAUUUUCUAUCGAAAUGAAGAGGUGACACUCGGCACGUCGGUCUUGUUUCGUGCGCACGUGCUCGUGCACAGUCACAAGAUCGAGGAGGUCCUCGCUCGUACCCACUUUAAUCUCGGAGUAGAGUUAUGGUUCAGUGAGCCGACUCAGCCCGGAAAUAUGGCUUGCGUAUCAUCGAGAGCGCUCCAACUGAAUUUCACCCCUACAAAGGGCCUGCACUAUCAUCUCCCGGUGCUCUUCGAUUACUUUCAUCUCGCUGCUGUAUCCAUCACCAUUCACGCCUGUCUUGUGGCACUUCAUCAACCAUACAUAAAGAAGAGCAUUCUUCAUUACGUUCAAAGCUGUGCUCCAAGAGGAGGCAAACCCUGGCUGCAGUUCAAGCAACCUGCAGUUAAUACUGAUAACAAUCUCUUCUUCGGAAAUAUAGAAACUACGACACGCUGUGUUGGUUCAGCUACGAGGAUUCAACAUGCUAAACUAGUUCAGCAAGAAGUUACAAGGCUGCUUUUAGCCGCGCGCGAAUCUUUGCUCAAUGAUUUAGCUGAUCUGGCAAGACUUCUACCUUCUUGGCAACAGAGGACAUUGGAAGUUGCUCAAAAUACUCAUAAAGAAAUAACCAAGUUGAUAGAUACUGAAGAAGCAGAUAUCGCACAGCUUUGCGCUCAAAAUAUCGUUCUGUGGCAGCAUUUUUUAGAAGCAUUUUCCGGCCGAGAUGCUAUUCAUCAGCAUCUGGCUAGAGUUCAUCAUCAAAUGAGGGUAAAACGAUUUGCGGAAGGAUUCUUCGUUUCGGAAAAUCCAAGGACUUCAGCAGCUGGUUGCUACGAUGCUAACUAUCAAUCUUACCAAGCCGUAAGUGAAGCAGCUAGAAGAUCUCGUUAUCUAGCUGCAUUGCCACCUUUACCUGUUCAUUGUCCAGAACUCGACGGAGACCUUCACACCUUACCCAUCAUAUUCGAAGAUCAGUACGCUGAUAUGCAACACAGGCACAGGAACAGCGAUGACUGCAGCUGUGGCAUAAACCAAAUCUUGGAUUCUCGAAACGUGAGUGUCUGGUCACCAAGAAGUGAAGGGGCAGCAGAUAUCAAUUCCAUCCAGGCUCGCUUCACGCUGACACCAUCGACACUUCCAGCUCGUCAUAGCAAAUCUCUGGAUCAGUUGGGACCAGAAAUUACCCCCCUUCAGCCAAGGACUUCACCGAAGACCUUGCCCAGGUCAGCGUCGACCCAACUUUUUCCUAGGCAGAGGGGCGGUAGGAAUGUAACUCCACCAACUACGGUUCCUUCUAGGGGGAGGCCGAGGUCAGCGAUACCUUCUGGAACAACCCUGAUUCCACCCUCAAGACAACAGGCUUGUUCAGCGCCGAAUCCAUCUUUGGGAUCGACUCCGAUUGUUACUCUACCUCGAGCCAAAUCAAGCCAGAUGUUGGUGCCAAAUUCCUGUCAUCGUCAGGUGGACCCUCAGUCAGCGUCUAUCACGUCCCUCUUGGCAGCGAUGUUUCCAGAAAUACCGUCUGGUGAGCACUUUCCGGGUUAUCGACCCUCGGCCAAAGCCUACGAGCACAGUCUUGCUGUGCCCACCUGCGUGGGAACUCUUGAUUUAGCUCAAUUGGCUAGCUGCCUAAACUCGGAGUCCAAGAGCGGCAGCCUCUUUGCAGAAGGCACACAUUCUCUUGACACGAGGAGGAUAAGAUUAGAACCAAGAAGUCAUCGACUUGCUCUUCGGCCAACUCACGCACUCACCACCAGCGAUAAAAUCAAUUUUGGCUCAGCUAAGACGACCAACGGUAGAAGCUUUUUGCCAGAAUCUCAAGGUCUUUACACGGCGACUCUCGGCAGAGUGACAUAUCGCGACCCAGAUAAAAAACACGGUCAACAAACUAGCAACAAGUAUCAGUCCAAUGCCCUCGAGAAUCGGAGAUAUCAUACUUUAGGAAAAGCUUCUUCUGGUCCAAGAUGCAGGGAAAUUCCGGAAGUUGCAAAUGGUACCACAGACUCAAGUAGUCACUCCAUCUUAGUGGAUCCUCUGAAUAAAAGAUCAAAUGGAAUUUAUUCUAGAAUCACGAUAGAUUCAUUUUUGUAUCAAACAAAUGGCACGAGUGGGCAGAAUCAGGAUGAUAUUAAGAGCUUAAAGAAACCUAAAAGCACUGAUAGAUUAUUUGAUGAUAUUGAGCAAGAGGAGAUUUCUGAUCUCAGGAAAGAAAACUCUGAAAGAAAUGUUAAAAUAUACAGAAAUGGAAACUUGGGUCAUGAAGAAAAGCAAAUGAGAUUUCUAGCCGAGAAAACGACACAGGAAUCUUCACAAGAGCAUCUUUAUGAAGUGAUUACAGCAAAAGUAGAUCCGAAACCAGAACCAAGAGUAGAGCGAAGAAGAGACAGACAUGGAAGGAGACCGCAUUCAGCUCCAACAAUGGAAGUUGAGGAUGGAACAAAGUGUAAUCACAGGAACAGAAAACCUGCUCCACCUCCUCCUGGGUACCAGGAUCCUGCAAUUGCACCUUUACCUAAACAAAGGCCUGUUUCGACUCGAGUGACUAGUGUUUUAGAAGUCGAAAAUAAUAGCAAGAUUAUCCUAAAGGUGGAGCCUAUCAAUUCUCCUGUGGAUCCUGUGGCAACAAAUGGCACCACACCUUCGGAUUCAACUGAAGGAGAUCCAUUGUCAAAUGUUAGAAGACUGAGGUGCGCCAGCGUGCCCGUAGCACAAAAUAAAAUUGUAGUACCUCGCAGUGCAGUUUCUCUGCCCUGUAUGCCAAUCCGGGACAGCAAAUGCAGCCUCACAAACAAUCUUCCUAUAAUCCAAAAUCCUCCAAGUCCGCCUUCUUCAAAACCAAGUAGUCCCACUCCCAGUUCCAGUUCCAGUAAUCUCACCUCUGAAUGUUCCGGAUGGGUUAGCAGUGGCGACACAUCAAGUUCCGAACAACGUCGAGGGAAAAUAUCAAGCGAACAGCUUCGACAGAAGCUUUCGAAAAUCGUCUCUAGAAAGGAAAAGUCGCCGAAGGGCACUAUUGUGGAGACUUCCUACGAGGAAGUCCGACUCCCUCCACCUAAAAUGUUCCAGGACGAGCCACCACCCCCGGAAGAGUUCAGGGAUCCACCUGUCCCAAUUGACAAUCCCUUGUAUCAUGUUUAUGAGUCAGUAAAAAAAGCCAGAAGUCCUAAGCAAAAUAAAACGGCUCCCUGUAGUCCUCAAAGAAAUAGGGAUAGUGUUUAUAGUGCCAGGGAUGUUUGUCUAGAUUGCUAUCAAGAAGGAAAAGAAUUGCUUCAAUCGACGCAGGAUGACUUCAUCAAUUUUAAAAAGUGCAAGGAAGAGUUCAAGAGACAGAUGAGCUUCUCAGGAAAAAUCUACAGAGAGCAAAACGACCCGCUGUUUCGUUUCCGUAAACGCGCUCGUCAUCCUCUAAGACCCAAUGUGCCUCUUAGUGACUACCAGUCUCUGGCUUCAACGAUGCCGUACUUCCACAUCAGCGACGAAUAUCGGCUGCUUUCUCCCGAGGGGGCGCACCUUAUCAUUUGUGUUCAUGGCCUUGAUGGAAAUGCGGCGGAUCUUCGUUUGGUCAAGACAUAUCUGGAAUUGGGACUUCCUGGGACGCAUCUCGAUUUUCUUAUGUCUGAGAGAAACCAGGGUGAUACUUUCUCGGAUUUCGACACAAUGACUGAUCGCCUAGUUGGUGAGAUUCUUCAUCACAUCGAGAUCUCUGGAUUGAAUCCUACGAAAGUAAGCUUCAUCGGACAUUCUUUAGGGACCAUCAUUAUUCGAAGCGCUCUCACUCGUCCCCAGUUGAGACCUCUUCUUCCUCGUUUGCAUACUUUUCUCAGCCUGAGCGGACCUCACUUGGGUACUCUAUAUAAUACGAGCGGGCUCGUAAAUGCAGGCAUGUGGUUUAUGCAAAAAUGGAAGAAGUCUGGCUCUUUACUCCAACUCGCGAUGAAAGAUUCCUCGGACGUGAGGCGAUCUUUUAUGUUCCGGUUGAGUCAGAAGAGUAACUUGCAGAAAUUUAAACACGUUUUACUUUGUGGAAGUGCUCAGGAUCGCUACGUGCCGCUACAUUCAGCUCGUAUAGAGCUCUGUAAGGCUGCAGUUCGAGAUCUCACCGAUCAGGGUGGAGCCUAUAGAGAAAUGGUCCACAAUAUUCUCUAUCCGAUAAUGUCAGCUCCAGGAGUGAGUUUGGUAAGGUACGACGUUCAUCACGCUUUACCUCCAACUGCAAACGCGCUGAUAGGCAGAGCUGCUCACAUCGCCGUCCUCGAUUCCGAGCUCUUUAUUGAGAAGUUCCUUCUCGUGGCGGGUCUGAAAUACUUUAGAUAAGGAACGGAAUUUUUAGCGAAAUGGACAAUUGUAACCAAAUAGUAACAAUAUUAAGGACGUGGAUUCCGUCGUCGGCGCUUGCUUUGGAAUCGAGAUAGUCCGUCAACUGAACCCUUUGUUCAUCAGGACAUGCAAAAUUUUCCAAGGCUCUUCACCGAGUAGGCUAGAAUAAUUAGAUUGCGCCGUGUGCGAGACUCCACUUCUUGUUCGUCGUGCAAAAAAUCGAAUUUUUGAUUCGACGAAAUUUUUACACGUUUCACAAUACGCGAUUUGGUCUGAACGAUUCUCUUAGAUUCAAGUCUCACUCAUCAAAAAGGAACUUUGUCGCUUUUAUGUAGAAAUCUUAAAGAUUCUAAUCAGUUUUUCGAUAAAUUAAAGAUUCUGAAACUAGGAUUACCAACAGUGCGGUUUUUAGAUAGCUUUUUCAAGUUAGGAAUAUCUUUUGAUUGAUUUGAUUUUAUUCGCUAUAAGGUUCUAAAAACCUCGACUCUUUCAUCGAAAACUCACGAUCGAACUUAAGGACUUGAACGAGAAGGUGGCCUACUCGUUUUAGCAUUUCUAGAGGCGUUUUAGCUGUUCGAAAACUAGAACUCGACAAGCGCACUAGAAUUUUGUAUAAUGUGAUUUAUCUCCUACAAUUUUUAAAUUAGAGCUAAGUUUUUUAUAGACGAUGAAUGAUAUGUCAUUCGAAUUUACGACGCCCAUUUCUUUCUUAGUGUAACAGGAAGAAACCUAGAGUGAUUCAGAAGAAUUUUUAGGUUUGACUUUUUUAUCUGAAAAAAUGAGCCUUUCUCUGUAUCUUUUUCUUAAAAUCAAUUUAGUCACAAAUUCAAUGAAAAAAAUUAGUAUGGCUUGUUCCUAGAUAGGAUUUUCAGGUUUCAUUUUGGGAAAACAAAAUUUUUGUUUAAAAUUCAAAAUUUAUUUAGUCAAAUACGUAUUUCGUUUUUUAAAGCGUGAAAAUUAGCUGCGAGUGAACUUCGAUUAAAUAAUUUCAAUUUAUGCUCUAAAAUAUUGGGAAAAUCACUUCCGACCACAAAGCGAAUUUCGAAAAAUUCGUGGCUAAUAAUCGACUGAUUCGUCAACUUUAAUUAAUAAAAGUAGAUAAGCCUUUGAGCUAACCGUUUAUCAAAAAUGAGUUACAUCAAAACUUUAGGAAUUUCGAGAAACAGAAACAGCAAAUAAUCGAUUGAAUUUGACAUGCAACAUAAAAGCUGACCUGAAAAUUCAAAAAUAAUGUUUGAAUAAAGAAAAAAUUCAAAUGAAUUGAUAAUUCAUCAAUUAAAACAAGCAAGUAGGGCGUAAUGUAGAAGCAUUACUUUGCUGCUUUUACUCAUUCGAUUCAUUACAGAGUCGAAGAAAAAAUCUUUUAUCGGCAAACUGUACAAAAAUGAUUUACUGAAAUGUUUUAUUCAAAGAGAAAUAACAACUUUUUUCUUUAGUCAAUGAUAGGAAACGAAGCUGACUUCAACUUCACGUUUCAAUUAAAUUAAUUUAAUUAAUUAAUUAUCAACUAAAAUG